AUGUCAUCUAGUCAUUAUGAACCGUUUACAAAUCAAGAUGACAUACAAAACAUGAGUCAACUUGGUUCUGAAACAACGGAGAGUGAUGUGGUUAAUGGUGAAGAGGAUGGCAGGAUUCUUCAUCAAUCGGAUGCACAAUCUCGGUCGUCGUCACAAUCACGCAGUGACGUACGUUUACGAUCAAAAACGAUUUCUGUUGGAACUUCUACAUCCGAUGAUCAUCAAUCGCCCUCUCAUACACAAACUGGUUUCAGUUUACUACAGUCGAUAAAAGAUCUCACACAUCAAGAAUUAUUUCGAGCAAAUCCGCUUGGUUUACUUGGAAAAGAAGUGAUCGCUGCCACAGGUACUACUAAUCCACCGGAGCCUGUACCGCCUACUACUGAGGAACCAACCUCAUCCUCAACUCCAAAUAAACUUUCCUCAAUUAUUGAAAAUGAAUCACAAGAAUUACAGUUUCAAGUAUCAGUUGACCAGCUACAACAACAACCACAUCGUCUAACGUUAGCCGAUAUUGCUCCACCACCAAUUCCUGUUCUAUUUGAACGCGAUGCUGAUUUGCUUUCAAUGCAAGGCGGUCCGCUUCUUCUGUCGCCUUUAAAUCCCACAACAACAAAACUGGAUUUUAUUCCUGAUACAAUGACCAUCAACGUUUUUGAAGUGUUUAUAUACGCUUGGGGGGUAUUUGCAUUUUUCUUCGACACGGUGACCGAUAUAAUCUUGGCUCACGCCUAUUAUGACGAAGGAAGUUAUUGGUUGUUUAUUUUAACAUUAGCUUGUGUUAUUGUUCCGAAUUUAACAUUGUCAUUAUUCAGCUUGGUGUGGUAUUUGGACGGUCCGAAAGUAUCAUUACAAACAUCACCCUUAGUCAACGAUGAUUCAUGUGAAACAAGUUCGGCAGAAUCGACCGAUGUAAAACAGAACGAACAACAUGGUCAGGAUAACAGUGGUGGAGAUAUUGAUACUCUGAGUAGAAGACGACCCACAUUUUCCACGACACUAGCCUCACCCCAUGAAUCGAACCAUUAUGCAUCAUUCUCACAAACCGAUGACGUAGAAAUAAAACAAAAUACUCUAGAUGAAACGGUUACGUAUGCCAACCGAGCAAGAUAUUCUCAAACACCACCGUCAGAAAGACAAAAAGUAAAUGCAAGCGAUGAGAUACUCACUCAACCGUCGUCAGCAACAUCAAACGCAUUACGAUGGAUUAUACGAAUUAUCAUUCUUGUGUUACAACUAGAUCUUUGUUUAAAAUACAUUCGUGGUUUAUAUUACACGUACAAAGGUUAUAGAUAUCGAAAGAACAAAGAGUGGCAGAGAUAUUAUUUAACGAAACAAAUAUUGAUCGAUGCUGAUAUUGCAUUAUUAAGAGUUUUCGAUGUAUUUAUGGAUUCUGGUUCACAAGUCAUACUGCAACUUUACAUUAUGUUGAAAGAUUCAAAAUCGUUGAUAUACGAUGCAUUAUUCUUAAAGCAAAGUUUAUCAAUUUUCUCAUCAUUAGGAUCAUUGGCUUAUGGAUUAAGUGGCUAUUCACGUUGUCUGCGUCAUAUGAUGUUAACUCAUUCAGCGGCCGAUUGGCCAAAAGAUAAACCAGCUCCAAGCCCUGUAACAUGGUGGGCAACCAUCAUACAAUGGGUAUGGUAUGUUUUUUUAAUCACUCCAAGAGUCUUAGCAUUGGCUAUGUUUGCUGCAUCAUCGCGUUCAUGGUUUUGGAUAAUUAUUUGUGCUCAUUGGAUGGGAAUGUUAUUUUGGAUAUUACGAUUUAAAACCGGUUUUUGCAUUAGUGAUCAAAAUAAAUAUGUACCACGAGAAGCGAUAUUUGAAAAAUGUUAUAAUAUUGUUUGUUCCUACAUCUACAUCUUUUGCUAUAUGAAUUUGACCGAAGGUAACACUCGACAACGAUAUAUUGCAUUUUACACCGUUUAUUAUAUUGAAAAUAUUGCAUUUUCCGUUAUUUACGCUGUACAUAGUCAAGAAAAAAAUUUAUUAUUCAAAUAUUCAUUGGUAACAUUUGUUUGUACGGGUUUUUGGUUUGCUGUCUUAUUUCAAUUUGUUUAUUAUCAAUGUUUUCAUCCAUCCGAUCAUGUACGAGCAAAUGUUCGACAUGAUUUUUCGUUAAUGUUUCGAAAUAGAACGUUGGCUAUAUUUGAUCGAAAUCGAACAAAUAUUCAAAAAUCACAAUCGUGUAAUGAUAUCAUUGAAAAGGAAAUAAAAAAUCAGAAUAAAAAUUCAUCAUUCGAUCAUUCGUUGAAUAAAUCAUUGAGAAAAACAACGAGCGAUGAAAAUAUUAACGAAGCAACACAUAAUCGAUUUUCAAAACAAAAUCGACAAACAUUAUUAUCGAAACAACAAACAAUCGAACAACAUCAUCGAUUAAAUCGGUCUACAUCUGAUAAACAAGAAUCCCAAUCUCGUUCGAAACAAAAAGGUUUCUCAUUGUUAUCAUCACCCGUCACGAAUAAGACUAGACAACCUAGUCUUAAUCUGUAUCAACCUUACAAAUCGUUGUUAAAUAAAAUUUCCGUGUCACUAAAACGUCAACCAACAGUUUCGUCUGAUUAUUUAAACGAUAAUACCGUUGAAUAUCGUACAAAACAAUUAUCUACACGUCGUCCAUUUUUUGAUAUUCCAAGCGUAACAUUGUCUCUACAAGAGCCAUUAUACUUGAAUAUGGAUGAAGAUAAUGAUGAUGAUUAUGAAACCAUUAAUAAUAAUAAUAGUUUAUCAACACAAAAAGCAGGAAACCAUCAUCGUUUAUAUCAGUCACCUCAUUUAUCAUCGAUAUCCGAUUCUGUUUAUGCCAAUGAACAAAUAAUGUAUAAAAUAGAUGAAGAUAAUAACGAUAAUAACUCAAAUGGAAAUAAAAACAAUACAAGUAACAAUGAAGAACAGAUUGUAUUAAAUGCUAAAUCCUUAACAACUAAAAUUAAAAGAAAUAAUAAUAAUAAUCAACAAAAUUACAUUAUUAAUAAUAAUACAAUCACUGCUAAUGAAUGUUGUGAUUAUCCUGUUAAAAAGUAG